AUGGACGUAAUGCCUAAUAGUGUAACAUCGGUUAUCUUCGUGAUUUGCAUCACCCUUGCAGCGAUUGCAGUAUUUAUUUGUGCGGCUACUUUGGCCGUUUCAUCACCCUGGUGGCCACAGCGCAAACGAACGCGACAUGGCCACGCCUCAAACAAGAUUACUUCCUCAGUGAUUUUUCUUCGCCGAGUCAUUGAAACCUUUUCUCUCACCUCACCCAAAACAAGUUCACGCACUCUGGAUACAUCUAGACGCAGCUCAAUUUUUGCUGGAAUUCAGUCACUUCCACUGCGAAGCCACUCUGAAAAAUUCUACGGUGCUACCAACCCUCACCAUGCCCCCACAAGACCCUCCAUCUCUUCCUACCAGACUUCUUCCGUUGGAGAGAGUCUUCAAGUUGAAAGUGCCGUCAAGACAAUUGGAGGCUUCCUUGCUCCUCCGACAAAGCGGCCACGCUCUGGAUCCACAUCCCUUUUACACGAUCUUGCUAAAGGAAGUUACGAUGGGUUGUCCCCUAUCCCGGCCUUAAUAUCAACCGUAAAUGCACAACCUGAUGCUGUUCAAGCUGAUCCAGCCUCAAUCCAACCAAUUAAAGGCAAGGUAGACUCUGCAACUGUAGAAAGAAGAAAGUCUCUACGGGCUGCUCGUCGUAUAACCCUGGGAAGUUUGUCCCCAAAACUCAUCAAAAAUGAAAUGGGUGCAAGUCUCUCCGAAUUGAUAUCAAUUUUGGACACACAGGUCAGUCGAUCCACCCACACCUCACCAUCGAGAAAACGGACACAUUCAUUGACUGUAGCGACACCGAUAGUCACUCCACCCCCGUCUCAAAUUUCCCCGAUUCCUCGCUUCACUGCUGCGGAAGCUCCAGGUGGAACGAUCAACUACCGUGUCUUCAUCGAUGCUACAGGAAGGAACAACCUCACAGUGCGUGUCCAUCUCUACUAUGCAACAAACUUGCCUGCAAUAAAGCCAUGGAAAAACUCCAACUACAUCGUAAAGGCAGCUCUAAUUGGGUUCAAAUCUCACUUUGUGCAGACUAGUGGAGUAGUUACAGCAGCUUGUGGAUCUCCACGAUUUUCCGAGGGGCACCCAUCGGUGUUAGAUUUUGUUCUCGACUGUGGAAUGCCCUAUAAUAAAUCGGAGGAGGAGGUUCAACUCCGACUGAUGGUAAUUGAAUUCAGUGGCAGAAAACCGGGUGAAAAGGCCCUAUUGGUGGCUACCAAGGAGUACCGAUUUAAUCAUCAUACGCUGAGGGGAAAGUCAACCCUAUCCACCGAUGUUAGUUGGGAAAGAUGUAAGCCGUGCAUCGAUGUCUAUCAGCUGAAUGCAGACGUGUUGGCAUCGUUAAUACAACGUGAGAAGGAGGGAUAUCUGCGAUUUGAGAUUCAUGAAAUCAGAAAUCCCCAUUUCCGACAACUUCUCGAGAAUCCUGUGGAGAUGGACUUUUUAAAGAAGAAAACUUCUUUGUAUCCAACAGAGUUCGCUGACAGGGUUGUAAACGGUGACAGUUCGGCUGCUCUCGUUCUCAAACACCAUGUCUUCAGCAGCAGUGAAUUAGUCCUCAACUUUAGACCACCCUUCCCAGGUGGUCUAGACAAACCGGAGGUUUUCACCAAAGUUGGAGUAAGAUUGGUUCAAUGGAGGAUUCUUGCCUACUUCGUGCUCAUUUUGGAGGACACUUCAAGCAAUCCAACAGGCUCCAAAAGGGUGCGAGCUAUCGGAUCCUGCUGCCUCGGCUCCAAUGCACAGAAUGCAACCACAAUGAAGAAGGCCUCAAUACUAAAUGAUGGUAUUUUACCUCUGCUUUCUACAGUGGCCUCUGAGAGCUCACAACCGCAAGUUUCUCAGUGGUUACACAUUGAGUAG